AUGUCGCUCUUCGCCAGCGUCUUGGCUAUCUGCCUCCACAUCGUCUGCGUCCUCAUCGUGGGCAUUGCUGUAUCCGGCAUGAUGGUCUUCAGAUUCAUCAUCAGUGAGUACAAGCGGAAGGAGUGGCCGGAGGACCAAAGCGGAUACGCGCRCUGGCUUUUUGAGAAGAGACGCGAUGCCCUAUUCAACACAGGUGACGGAAUCAAAGCAAAGGAGACGUUCGCGAUCCAAGAGCUGCAGGACCAGAUCUUCUCCCACUUCAGCACCGCGCAGCUUUACCAGCUUCAACGCGUCUGUAAGCAAUGGAAAGCUGCCACCACCGACAACAAGUCCAGCUCUGCCAUGCAGCUAGCCGUCAACAAGCUCCAGGUACCCUCUCUCACCGGAGAAGAUGAGUGGGCGCCUUGGCUCAAAGACAUGUUGACGGCCAAGGACGGCUCCGCGCGCAAUGUCAUCAUACCCGGCGCGCAAGUCGACUUCCUCCUGACCCAGACGUCCCUGCGGAGGAGAGAGAGGUACCAUUUAUGGUACAAUGUAUGGAUUGACGCAUACGGACCAGCUCUCUUCAUCGAGUUGUUGCUCAAGGAUAAGCAUGCCCACAAGUCAAUGGCUAGACCCCGCGAGGGACCUGUCAUUGCCACAUAUCUUCCAGACGACUCCCGUCUUGACAUGCUCAUGUUCCCUUCUCCAGGUUGCGGCAGAUUCCACGCCAACGUUGUUUUCCGCGAACCUACUACCAGUAAGCACUCUGAAUGGACCUUCAGAUUGUAUUCCAAGACCGGUAUCGAGGCGGAUAAGCUUGGCUGGAAGGGACGGUCGGAUUACGUCGAGGGGAAGAAUACUGACCGGAAGUACACAAAUGAUUACACCGAGGGGGAUAAGCAAUGUUUCGUAUUGUCGGAGUGGUUGCCUUCGCGCGAGAUGCAUGGGAAGCUGGCGGCACAUCAGGUUCCAGUUGCUGGGACUUUGAGGGAGAUGCUGGCGGUUCUGGAGGCGUACUGUUUGAGAGAGAGCAAAGGUUGUACGGAACUGACGUACUAUGACCACGGGGAUUGGAGAGAAACUUUGAAGAUGUAUCGUGUGCCGGGCUGGAACUAG